AUGGUCACAUCUUGGAUUCUCAAUUCCUUAACAAAGGAAAUUGCAGCUAGCGUAGAAUAUGCCGAUGAUACAUUUGUAUUAUGGAGAGAAUUAGAGGAUUGCUACGAUCAAACCAAUGGAGCUAAACUUUACCAGGUUCAAAAGGAAAUCAACGACCUCACACAAGGUGCACUUGACAUUACAGGUUAUUAUACGAAAAUGAAGAAACUUUGGGAAGAGCUUAAUACUCUUAAUGCUCGAGGUCAAUGCAAUUGUAAGUUCAUCUGUGGAGCCAAGGAAACUCUGUACAAGGCCGAACAAGAUAGGAGAUUGAUUCAGUUCCUUAUGGGACUGGAUGAGACCUACACGAUACUGAGAGGAAACAUUAUCAUGAUGAAUCUGUUGCCCACAGUUGCACAAGCUUUUUCCCUUUUGGUCCAAGAUGAACAGCAAAGGGAAGUCAGGCCUUCUAGUCAACUGGUUACAGAAUCCACAGCUCUUAAUGUCAACUUUCAGGGAAACAAUACCAACUUUAACACCAAUUAUGCUUCAUCAGGCAGGUCUAAUGGACUGAACUAUGCCUCGUCUAACAGAACCGGUGGUAUCAGAAGUGGACGACCUUUUUGUGAUUACUGUAAGCGUCCAGGGCACACCAAAGAUAAGUGUUACAAACUCCAUGGCUAUCCUCAGGGUCCUACUGGUCAUCCACAACAUAACUCCCAAAGCAACAAUUAUAGAUUCAAUAAAGGGAAGAGGCCAAUGGUCACAGCACAUGCUGCAUCUGCUGAGGACUUAUCACUUGAGGAACUCACUUCAACCAGUCCAGUUCAAAAGCCAGCAAGUGUGGGGUUCACUAAAGAGCAGUAUGAACAAUUGGUCUGCCUGUUCCAGCAUCUUCAAGCUGGAAGUGGAAGAGAAAACUCAGAUUCUAACAACUUUGCUGUCAAUGGUUCUGCAAACUUCGCAGGUAUAAUAGCUUGCUCUACUUCUGAUGUUCAUGGUCGUUUAUCUUGCAAAUGUGUCAAAAAUAUGGCUAGUACAUGGAUUAUAGACUCAGGUGCAUCCCAUCAUAUGUCAUAUAAUGACUCUUCCUUUUUCAAUACACAGAACCUGCCUCAUCCUUUGCUUAUUUCCCUUCCAAAUGGUUGUAGAGUUAAAGUCACAAAAGUUGGUAGUGUGACCAUCUCACCGGACCUUAUUUUGCACAAAGUGUUGUAUGUGCCUUCUUUCCGUUUCAACCUUAUCGCUGUAUCUUCCCUCACUGCACAGCUGAAAUCUUUGAUUACUUUCUCUACCACUUCAUGUCUACUGCAGGCCCCUUCAAUGAAGAGGCCUCUGGAGAUUGGUGGUUAG